AUGCAGAUCUUUGCGUACUCGAGCGACACGGCAACGAUCGGUACGUCCGGCGUGCUCAUCGACGCGGACACCGCCCUCUCCUGGCAAACCGUCGAGCUCGCCUUUGCCAACGGCGUGAUCGAGAGCGUCGCCGCCGAGAACGGCCUCACUGCGACUAUCAAAACGAACAACAAGGAAGUCGGCGUCGGCGACAUGGCUGGCUCGGGCGACACCCACCCCGCCGGCCUCGUCAUGACUGUCACCUUCACCUCCGGCACGGACAUGGACAGCGUGUACAUCGACUUCUCGUCGAGCACAACCGUGAUCUGCAUCGUGACCUGCGUCCCGUUUACCUCGACGCCCCGUGUGGCGACCGUCGUGCAGGACAAGAGCAACAACCUCUACCUGUUUGCCUCGCCCAACACGCCCACAGACGGCAAGGCUUCGACCAUCGAGAUUGCGGUCACGGGCGCCGUUGACGAGAGCGACAUCACCCCCCUUCUCACUGACAUGACGCUGCAGGUUGGCAGCGGCUUCUUCGGGCUGACCAUCCUCGACGGCACGUCGAAUCUCCCCGACGGCGAGGCGAUCGCCGUCGCGUCUCGGCCCCUCCUGGACAUCGACGUGGACUCUGUGACGACCGCGGUCGUCGCCUCUCCCGCCGCCCCGGGAUUCGACGCGCUCAUCUUUGUCAUCGGGGCGGCCUUCGACCCGUGCGUCUUGUGCAACGCAAUCAUGACAAAGACUGGCAAAAGGCCCCGUUUGUACGGAAACCCGUGCCUGCCUGGCGACCCGACGAAAACCUACAAGGACGGCCCCAAAUCCACCGCCGACCUCGUCCAGUUGACUACCGAGUGCUACACGAACAUCGCGGACGAGAGAGGGGUCAGUAUACGAUUACGAUGGGAAAUAUAA